AUGGGGAGUGGCUUCGCUCGCUCGCUCGUUUGUUGGUUUGUCCGCGGCGCGGAGGCUCGGUCUGGCUGGUGGAUCCCCUGUGCUGGCGCUGACGGAUUCCCUGGGGGGAUGCGCUUUCCCACCAUCUCUCCGGGUUCUGCCUGCUCCAGGCGCUUCCCUGGGAACAGCCCUGCCCUCUGUAGCCAUGCACAAACACUAAAACUGCCUUCCCUUCCACUGCUGAAACAUAAAUGAAGUUCAGGGCUCAGGAGACUUUCCCAUUCACCGAUUAAGUUAAUUGUUGCCAUGAUCGGAUUUUGACAUCUUUUUAAGGAAUUAUUGCUGGCUUUUUUCUUCAUUGGGUUGUAGUUGCUGUAGUUAAAUAGCAAUUAUACCCACAUUACCCUGCUGUUAUAAUUUGCUCGGCUUUAGAGCAGUACUUGGAAACUCAACCCACCCUAGUGUCUGACAGCAGGUAUAAUCACAUCCCAGCAAGCAGAUUGACUGCCACUUGAUGAGAAAUGUUAAAUGUGGAGCUUUGCUUUUUUAGUUAAGUCAUUCAAAAAGGGAGUGAAGGAGGAAUUGCUUUUGAACUGCUGUUUCUGAUUUCUCAUAGUUUUAUUUUUAAUAGCAGCAUAAAUUGAGGCCUUCAUCCUAAGUAACAGAUUAUUUACUAGAUUCUUUGCGAACAGAAAAUUUUAGUGUAAAGUCCACUACAGAAAAUAAUGACAUGAAAUUGUAAGUAAAUAGUUUUAUGCCCUUCAUUUUUACUAAGACUAGCUGAAAUAUAUGAUACUGUCAGUAGAUGCAUCAUGCUCUGAUUAAUAAUAACAGGUGGCAUAAAGGAAAUUUUGUACUUAAUUGCAAGGUUAGAGACCUCAGUCUCCUGUGUCUCUUGCAACCUGAGUGAAGCUUCAGUUUUAAUUACAAAGACUGUAAGUUUUUCAGGUACGCCAGAUUACUUCUUUUUUUCCAAAGAAGUGAAAGUCAUGGAUCAGGAAACCAUUGUUAUUUUUAACCUUGAGUUAUCUAUACUGUUGCAAUACUAUACAUAUGUUUUAUGGUUAUACCCAUGCAGUAUGCAGGACCUGUCAUCUUAAUCAGUUUUGUGCCAAGAAAAGUAGCUCAGUUGCAGUUGUAAUGUAGAGGUCACAUGUAAUUUUUGUUGCUUCUUUACAGUCUUCACAUUCCCUGUAUGGUAGGGCUGUGAUUCACAAUCCCUGUUGGAUUUGCUCUGGCAGCCAAGGCAGUUGAUGUCCCCUAACCAGUGAGAGAGACUCCGUGUACUAAAGUUCAGUGUAAGAGGUAUCAUGAACUAGCCAUCAGUUUUUUCUCAUUUUUACCACCCUGUAUUAUUGCAGUUCAGUCGUUUUGUAUGCUAUAAAUUGGUUGGUUGCCUCAUCUUCUGUUUUUUGCACCUUUGAGUGAAGACCUUCAACGGAGGAUAAGGUUGGAGAGUUGAGAAAGGUAGUAUCCUUAUUGCAGCCACUAAGUCAUUAGGAAUUAAUUUUUCAAGAAGAAUAGGUCUAAUAAUCAGCUAAAGUUUAAAUCAUGGUGGGAUCAGUUUUAAUUCUAUAUCAGUUAACUUAUAAACCUCAAGUAACAAAAUAUUUUUAUCUCCACAACACCCAUGCAUGGUGAGGAAUGCAUGGGAAAGGAAAUACAGGGGCAAUGUUCUGCAGAAGAGGAAAGGCAUUCCUGGGGUUUAGUUGUAAAUGCAAAAAAAGCCCUACAAAUUGAGUUGAAUCAUUAGUGAGAAGCUACUGCAAACAAGACUUCCUAUAAAGAAGGAAAAAGGGAGUACUGCCUUUCAUCUAUCGUGCCAUUGGUUCAAAGCAUCUUCCUGCCAGUAACAUCAGUUUUGUUCAUCUUGAUUCCCAUCCAGACCUUCUUAUUCCUGUGAAUAUGCCUGCAGACACUGUAUUUGACAAAGAAACUCUUUUUAGUGAAUUAAGUAUUGAGAACUGGAUUAUGCCUGCUGUUUAUGCUGGCCAUAUUUCUCAAGUAGUAUGGCUUCACCCACCCUGGGCUCGUCAGAUCUCGGAAGGAAAACACAGUUUUCUUGUUGGGAAAGAUGUAUCAACAACGACAAUCAGGGUUACAGGCACAGAUCAUUACUUUUUAAGUGAUGGUCUUUAUGUUCCUGCUGAUCAGCUGGAAAACCAGAAGUCCUUAAACUUGCAUGUCAUUCUCAUCAACCCUACCGAAUCAUCAGAUGGCCGUGAAGAAAACAGUGAAGUAGCAUCUGCUAAAAGACUGAAGCUAAAUACAGAUGACAUAGCAAGCACCACUUCUGCCUCUUCUUCAGUGGGUCUUGGUGACCUUGAUAACAGCACCCCAGGCAUGAAGAAAAAGGAAGUACAAAAUGCAAGUGUCCUGAAUAGGGCAGGAACCUCACCAGAGUGCUCAGCUUCAAGCUGUCUCAAAAACAGUGAAUGCCCAAUAAGAGAAAUUGUUAAAGAUGUCUGCCAAGUGCUGCAGAAGGGGGAUGCAUAUGUUUUGGACAUUGAUUUAGAUUUUUUUUCAGUUAAAAAUCCAUUCAAAGAAAUGUACACACAGACAGAAUAUGGGCUCUUGCAAGAGUUGUACAAUUUCAAGAAGCCGCAUAAAAAUGCAACAGAGGAAAGCUUGCUGGAUUGUGUUGAAAACCGUGUUCAUCAGCUGGAAGACCUGGAAGCAGCAUUUGCAGAUUUGUGUGACAGUGAUGAUGAAGAAACCCUGCAGAAGUGGGCUUCAUACCCUGGAAUGAAGCCACUUGUUGAACUAGUUCACAGUUUGAAAAACAGGAUGGAAAGCCCAGACUAUGAAAUGGUCCAUCAGGCUGGUUUGACCUGUGAUUAUAUGGAGCUUCCUCACCAUAUUAGCACUGAAGAUGAGAUCGAAGGCCUCAUACAAUCCAUUAAAGUUCUACUAAAAGAUAUGCCCAAGCCCACGCUUGUGACAGUUGCUCGAUCAAGUUUGGAUGACUAUUGCCCUUCAGAGCAGGUUGACAUGAUUCAAGAGAAGGUUCUCAAUUUACUUGGUUCGGUGUAUGGCUCUCUGAAUGUGCACUUAGAUUACUCAAGCACGUCAUCUUCUUUGUGACCUUUCUUCAUGUAUUGCUGUCUAAUGCAGUGGAUUAAUUGAAAUUGCAUAUUAACUAUGGUUGCAAGGGGAAAACUACUGUUAUUUCAGCAGGUGGCACUAGAACCCAAGCUGACCCAGAGCUAGUUUUGAGAUGCAUUACUUUCUCUAAGUCAGCUACAUCUGAACUGUUGGUUACCUGUUUGGCUUUGUUUAGAUUAGUUCUGUGAUUAUUAUUUUUACUGUCUUUCUUCUUAAAAUUGGUGCAAGAGAAAUUACUUUUUGUCUAUAAAAUAACACUUUUUGUCUGAUUUGUGUCUGUAAAAAAACCCAAAAUAUAUAAUUUCUUAAACUAAAUGGAUAUCUUUUAUGUACUUAAAGUUUUUUUUUUUUUUUGAGUUUGGUGAGUAACAGAUUUUUUCCUGAGUUGCAUUGUGUCUUUUAAAAAAAUUAUCUGAAUAAUGCCCUUAAGACUGUAGGUUUUCAUAGUGAUCUCUUUUAAUUGUUGUGCUUGAGAUGAACUUCUCAUUUCUAUGGAGCAGCUUAUGACUUCUGCCCCAUCCACAGAAUAUCAUUUAUAUUUAUACUCUCUUUCAUUAAUAUUGUCUUAUUUUGCCUCAGUAUUUCAUUGGUGACUCAUAUAAUGUUCCCGACGUACAGACGUUGGCUUGAUAUUUUCACUUUUACAUAAUUUUGGGGAUAAAAAGUAUGUGUACAUGUGCAUGCUUUUGUCUUUGGAAUCCUGUAAGGAAUUGAAUUGAUAGUUUCUUCAGAAACAAAGAUUUAGCUUCACUGAAGUCAGCAGCAAAACCUUUUGUACCAGUUUUUUGCUCUUUUCCAUAUUACUGUUUGGAAAAUAACAGUUUUAGAAAUGUUUAAUUUAGAAAUCAAUAUAGUUAUAGAGAAAACUGCCACUGGCAGAGGAAAAACCCCACAGGAUUUAUUUGGGAAUGAAACUGAAAUGGGAAAGAAAAAAAUGCCACUUAGAAUAUUAUUUAUUAUGAAUACGUUUUGCUUGUAAUUUCUUCUGAAAUAGUUAAGUUCAUUUGCUAACAUCGCUCUUUGCACUACAGUGACUCUGUGCACUUUUACAGUUUUUUUAUUACUUCUGCUGUUGAUAUAAAUGACUGUAUUAUAGAUUGUAGAUACAUAAUGAUUCUAAAAUAUUUCUUGCAGUAGAAUAAAUUCCAUAGUGAUGGACGCACCUUCUUUGUGUUUUUGUGACGCAUCUGUCACAAAGACAUACCUAGCCUUGGAACCACUUUCCUUAAUACUUCAUAAAUUAUAAACAGCCAUACAUUGCAUAUAGAAAUGAAGCGCAGUCAGAUCAUGGGAUGAUUGUGUAAAGAUUGGGGGUUUUUUAAAGUUAGAGAUACUUCUUGCUGGGCUUUGCAUAAGGUUGUAGAAAACAAAAAAAAGCACAUAUGUAGGGCACAGCUGAGCCCCUCAGCCAAGGGCGGGUGUGUGAGAGCCCUGGGGAAAGGCUGGGCAACAGAGGGAUCCAAUUGGCGGAACCUUUAGCAUGGACCAAACUCAGCAGUGUUUGUGUCUCUGCCUGGGUGCUGCUUUGGGGAUUCCUUAGUUGGUGAGGUAACAAAAAUAAAUCUACUCUUUGCAUUUUGUCUGUGGUUUUGUGGUUGUUCCUGUGCUGGCUUACACACAUAUGUUCACUGUGGCUCUGCAGAAUUAAACUAACAUCGUGAAUCGUC